UGCUACAUCUUGCGCAAAGCGCAGAUCGAAUUUGAGGUAUUUGCAAGAGGAGGCAUGGCCUCAACGGAUUUUCACCUCAGACGCUUGAUCUACGAGGCGCAAAGAGCAGGUGAACCAACUCAGGCCAGCCAGCUGGUGAACGAUGCCUUUGCGCUGAUCCAGGGUAAUGCCAGUCGUUUCACAGGAGAAGACUUUUCCCCAGAGCUUCUUGUAAUCUUUGCAGAAGCCGCAUCGGACCUGGGUGGUCACGAUACCCAAGCUGAACGAGCUCUGGAGCUCUACGAUCGCCUUGGAUGUGAAGUGGACCAGUUCAUGGUUCGUUCCUUGCUGGUGCGAUGUUUGUGCCAAGCUCGCUUGGGGGAACGGCAUCGGCUAAAGGGCCAUCAUCUUCUCCAGCAGCUUCAGUAUGCUCUACGGCAUUACCUGAUGAAGGCACUCGCCAUGGCCAAUGAGACGGGUUGGGCACAAAAUGAUAGUCGUUAUGGUUUCCUAAUUUACAACGCCUCCCUGGUCUUUUGGAGCGUGGCGCGACCCAUGUGUUGGAGCGGCUGGCAGCGUCACAUCAUCAACGAGGCCACCCAGAUCCUGGAUGCCCUGCGUGCUGUGCGCGCCGCUGGCAGCGGGGGCGGGGGGAAACCCACAGGGAAAGGGGCACCAGGUGGUGCUGCCAUCCCAGUGACCAUUGAUAUCCCAUGGCUUGUGGAGCUUACUUUGAACUUGGCAUUUGGCUUAGAAGAUGCAGGAAGAGAUGCUGAUGCGCAAAAAAAAGCAGAUGAAGCAGGGCAACUGUUGGAUGAGAUGAUGAAAGAACCACAGGAUCCAGCAAUGGCUGAGAGGAAUACCCGACUUCGACAGCUGGUGUGGAAUGCCAGGGCGUAUUUCAAUCGAAAAGCGCCAGGCAAAGUAAAGGAUGACAUUGUGAAGGGCAGCGGGAGCACAGUCUUGGGCGCAGCUCUUUUCGUAUUUAAUGGUGGAACCGCGCCAGAGGCCGCAGCAGAGGAGCUGAUCAAGGCCUGGAGUACCAUCGAUGCUGACUUCGAUCUCCGUGCGGCACGGGACUCCUUCAGCACGGAUCCCAGGGCACCCCGACCGGACGGCGGCCAAUUUGUUCGUGGCAAGGUCAAGCCUCAGAUGUUGGUCGACUUAGCUCUGGCAUUGAGAGCCACCGUGGUUGCAAAACAGUGGCCCUUGGCGCUCUGCAUGAUUUGUCGCUUGGAAAAGUUCCAAAUGCCCGAGGGCCGUGGACGCAUCCUUUUGGACCUGUCAAAGGCCGAGUGUGAAGUGUGGCACGCUUGUACAGUGAAGAAGGAGGAUCCCACCUCCAAAAUGUUGCUCUCGGCCGAAGCACAAGAAGAGCGCGAAGUGGAGACGCGGCUUCGCUCCGUCAAACUGCUGGAGCAGUGUAUCAUGAUUGCCAAGAGGAUUGAAGCCGAUGACUUGGUGGAAGAAUGUGCUGUUGUGAUGUGGAACAUCUCGCGUGAGCUCAUGUGUGAUCAGAAUCGAUUCCGAGUUCACAAGGCCUUGCAGAAAUGUUUGGAACUGUUAGAGGAGAUGCAAUCGAAUCGCUUGAUCCCUUUGCGAGUUCAGCUGCACUUUGAAGUUGCUCAUUGUGAGGAGCAGAGAGACGCAUUCAACGAGCUCCAGAAGUAUCCUACUGGUCCACCUGCUGUGCCAGACAGCGAAUUCAGUGCCAGCGUGGCAGUGGAAAGUUUGGAAGCACUCGGUACCGCCAAUCUCCCGACCUUGAAGCGGUUGGGACCCUGUGAGCGGAAGGAGAUCAUGGCACGUGUGGUGCAGGUAUGCAAGGAGAAUGAGAAGCCACCUGAUGUUGCGCAGUCGAAGACCCAGGCAGCGACAGGCCAAAAAGGACCACCAGAGAGUGCAGAAUCAGAUUUGGAGGCUUUGAGAGUCAACAUCAUGGCCGCGGUGAUGAGCAUGCCCGAGGCGAAGGAUGGAGAAGAAGCCAGGAAGUUGGUGGAUCAGGCAGUGGCCUCGCUUGGAAAGUGGAAGCCACCAGACAAUGACGAGGGAAAACUCACCUUGUGGCUGGAGCUUUGGACAAGGUUGGGCAGACAGUGCUUGUUGCCACCAAUGAAUCCAAGCAUUGGUGCCAAGUACGCCUUGAUGUGCAGCAUCCAGGGCCUGGGGAAAGUGGAUUCACCCAUCCCCAAGUACGCCUUGGAGGAGCGGUUGAGAUGGCGCGGGGCAUGCCAUGCCCUUUGCGGAGAGGUCUUUGCAUCGUUGAUCAACCCAUUGGAACAGGAGAAAGAGAGCCUGGCCAAGCUGAGGCGCAUGUCAGUCGAACAGUUCGAGCGUUGCUGCGACUACGCCAUCGCAACUAGCAAUCUUGCCCUUGCAAGUUUUGGCGCUAGUGCACUUUGGAAUGUGGCCUUACCCUUCAUGGACUCAGCGGAGACACGCGCCUUGCUGGUUGAGCCGUUCUCAAAGGCAGCAAGGGCACUGGCUGCGGUCGAGUACGAAGAGGAUCCAUUUUUCUUUGCUGAACUCUAUGCCGCCCUCUAUGACUGCUAUGCAGAUCAGGAACAAUGGGAUGACAUCCACGAGAUGUUGAAAGAUGCCUUCCUCGCAGUCCCAGCCGAAAGCCACCGACGCCUCUGGGCACUUCGCAUGUUGGCACUUAGCCACCAGGGCAAGAAUGUCACUGUGGCCAUGGGCAAGAUGAAGGAGAGUCAAGCGAAAGCACAGGCCAACAUUUGGUUAGUUUUGGUUGGAGCAUCCUCCCAGCUGAAGGAUCAAAUUACAGCAUUCAGCAAAGCCAUGAACGUCCUACAGGCUGCCAUGCAGCCAGAGGUCGUUGAGGUGCGGAUGCAGUUUGCAGAUUGGCUGUUGAGGAGUGGUUUCCCAAUCUCCGAUGCCCUGGAACAACUGGGAGCUGCGUCGGAUUUGCUGUUGGAGAUUGAAGAAGGCUCAGAAGACGAGGAAGAAGAGGAGGGUGGCGAUGCGCGCUACUACAGCGGGGUGGGAGAUCGAGCAGAUCAUGACAGUGAUGAUGGUGGAAGUUCAGUGGCUCCAUCUGAUUGGGACAAGAGUCAAUCCAAUUUUGGCAGCAAGAAAGGCAGCCGCUCGGGUAGUCGAAUGGGGAGCUCCCGCGCUGGGAGUAUGGCAGGAAGCAAAGCUGGAAGCCGAAAAUCUGGUGCUGGCAGCAAAGCUGGAAGUCAAAGCAGCCGGAUGUCUAAGAAUAAGAAGGGAGGCAAAAAGAAGGGAAGCGCUAGCCGAAGUGCCUGUGGGAAAAGUUCCAUGGGUGGCUCCAGAGCUGGAAAAAGCUCUAAGGGUUCGCGCGCUGGUUCCCGAGCUGGUUCUCGCGCGGGUUCGAGAGCCGGUUCCCGAGCAGGAUCACGCGCUGGAAGUCGCGUCUCCGAGAGUGUCCUAGCCAAGAAUCGGAAGCAGCAGAAGCAGGACGAAGAUGACGAAAUGGAAUACGAGCUUUUCGCUCACAACUUCGAGUCCUUGUGUCGAAUCCAAACGAUGAAGGCUCAGUUGUUGCAGGGUCGCGAAUUUCACACCGCGCUGCAAGCGGCGUCGCACUUCGCCUUCCGCUUCUUCGAGUCGUCGCUGGAGUUGGCCAAUGGCUUUGCUCAAGAGCUUCACAAUAAGAUCAUCAAGGAGCCAGAAGCUGAAGCUGAAGAUGCCAAGCUUGAUGGUGAGCUUACCAAGCUCACCAAAAAGGAAGAGAAAGAGCCGAUCCAAUUGAUCCCAAUCUUCGGACUGCCUUUGCGCUUGGCCGACUGGGCCUCAGUGGAAAACUGGUCCUGGCAGUCACCCCUCCUGACCGAAGUCUUCAAACGAGCUGAAGAGAACGGCUUCGUUUGGAGUAGCACCUGCACCUGGGUGGGCCAUCCCGAAGUCUUCAGCCGCCCCGCAGUGUCUUUCUUCACCCUGCUGCGUUUGGAGGAUGAUCUGGAGGAACAUGGCUAUCACAUCUUCGCGCUGCCGAUUUUGGCGCUGCAUUUCCAGUUGGCCAACGCCUUCCCGAGCCCCGUGAAGGAAGCGGUCGCCUGCACCGCCAAGCUGCGCCUGGCGCGGAUGGCUGGGGAGUGCCGCUUGCGCCAGGCCUAUGGACAGUUGCGGGAGGAGACGGCCAAGGAAUUGCAGCAGAUCCCGGAGACCUUCGAUUCCUUUAAGGAGGAACUGGAGCAGGUUCGCAGCAAGCGCGCAGGGCGCAAGGGCGCGGAAGAUUUGGAUCCAGCCUGGAUCAAUAUCCAGGUGGAGACGAAUGGCCAGUUGUCAUCUCGAAAAGUGGCUGCCCCCUGGGGCCUGGGGGAGUUGUAUGCCUACCAAGUUUGGGCCGAGCUGAGUAAGGAAUGCCUCCAUCAUGCUGAGUUGUGGAUGGCCUGUACAUUGACCAAGGAGGCUGAACGUCACGCCAAGGUCUAUGGUGAUGGUCGAACUCUGCGGGAUUUGGCGGUGACCAAGGCCAGGAUUGCUAUGGAGGAGGGAAAUCACAGCGAGGCCGUGCGAAUAUUGCGCGAGUUGAGCGCCGCGGACUUGGGGCAGUGCUCAGAGGCCGCCGUGUUGUUGGCCAACGCCUAUGAGGCGCGAAAACAGCCCUUCCCUGCACAAGAGAUCUUCAAGGAAGCACUGGCAGCCAUCAACCAGUCGCCUGGAACUAAAGCUGCUGUAAAGAAGCCAAAGGUGCUUGGAAGCAUUGGCGGUUCGACCUUCAAGGGUGGAAGCGAGAUAAAUAUGCCCAGCUUCAGUUCAAAGCACGUCCUAGCGCAAUGCUGCAUUUCCACCAGACAGCUGCAUUCAGAGCUGGAACGGCUGAGAAAAUCUCAGGUGACUUCAAAGCACUGGGUCAACGACAUGAAUUUGGCGAUCGAGAAACACUUCCAGCUUGGAGAAGAGUUAGUGGGUGCAGGAUUCUACCGUCGUCAGAUUGCAGACUGCAUGAAUUUCCUGGAAGUCAUGUGCAAAAUGUUGGAGGUGAGAGAAAUGGAUUUGAAUCGAGACCCACAAAAUGCCGCUGCUUUGACCUAUGCUGGUCUCGAAGAGUUUGCCUGUCGUAUGGAGCAGGCCAUCGCAGCAACUCAACCUUCCACUGAUGCAUUGUUGACCAUGACACUUCCAGUGGAAGGAAUUGAGCAGGAUGUGGCCUUACCCUCUGAAAUCCUGGUAGUUCGACUGGAAAUUUGGCAUGCGCGCGUUUUGGCGCUCCGUCGAUGUAUUCAAGCGAAUGGCAAGUUGCACCGAAGGUUGCAGAAGGAACGCAUGAAGCGGGUAGCUUCGGAUCCCAAGAACGCACCCCUCUUUGCGGUGUGCUCCAAUGAAGGAGGCGUUUUCGGCAGAAGUUUGGACCAGGACUCUGCCAGCUUUGGGGCAGACGACGACAAGGUUCAAAAGUGGUUGCAGUUGGUGGAGGAGCAAAUUUCAGAAGAGGAGAAGAUGACGAAAUUUGCUCGAGCCAUGGCAGAGGUUGAGGAUUCCGUGGCCAAGGUCUCCAAUGCAGUGUCGGUGUUGGAACUGGCAGUUCAGCAAGCCGAUGAGGCUGAAGUGGUCCCAGACUAUCCCGCACUUUGGGCGGAGGCCAAAUCAGAGCUGGGCCGCUUGCAGCUGGAGCUCUCCACGCGUCAGGCCACCUUGGUCCGAUCUGCUGGAAAGAACCUGGAAGACGAUGCGCCGGUUGCUGCUGCCAACGUCAUUUGGGACCUGGGGGAGGCGGAUCCUACAGAGAAGCGAGGAUUGGAAGCAGCUGAAAGAUAUAGCAACAAGCUCAAUGGCCAAGAUCCAAGCCAGGUCUUCCAGGCGGUGGAAGAGCCGGAGGCAGCGAUGGAAGAGGCGGAGGUAGCAGCAGAGGUGGAGGAGGGACUUCUAGAUUUCAAGGAGUUUGCUCGGGUGACUCUUUGCGAGGCAGCCAAGACUGCGCUGACAACCAUGAACAUCCCAGCAGCCCAACGGGCUUUCGAGGUGUUGGCCUGUCAGGGCUAUGGUUUGCGCUCUCCCAAGGCCACCUUUGAGUUCCUCUGUUGGCUCCAGAGCACUGAGGUGUGCAUCAGAGAGGAAAAGGUCUUCAAGGAGAAACUGCCCGAAGACCACGACGAACGGGUCCAGCUGCAUUUGUUGAGGAACCUGGAAAGGCGUUGGCCCUUCCCCACUGAGCUCAGCACCUACAAGGCUCUGAAGCAACGCCUGGAGACGGAAUCCACGUUUUUCCAACGCCUUCAGCUGGACAAGUUGCCUGCCAUCGAAGACAUCCUGCUUUCUCACUUGCCUGCAUCGACUCUUGUGGUUUCGUUGCAAUUUCGGGGCAGCUUCAUCUACAUGGGCGCCGUUUGCACGCCGCCCGAGACGGUCACCGAUCGCGCCGAACGCGUGGCGCGCUUGGCUCCUCUGGUGGCGAGACAUACCGUGGCUCUUUCUGAGGUUCAUGCAGCUAUCAGCCGCAUCCUGGUCACCAGAAGUCAGAUUGAAAAACAGCUCCUGGCACAACCAGAGCCAGAUCCGCAGUUGCAGGCCAAUUUGGAACAGACGGUGCAAGAAGUGGAAGUCCACUUGAUGGACCCGCUCUCCAGACGCUUGGAGGCAAGCUUUUGGCCCUGCAGUGCGAACGCUGAACUACCAGCCAUCCCAAAUCCCAAGCAGCUGGUGCUGUUGCCAGACAGUUCCAUGGCAGCCAUUCCGUUUGAGACUAUGCCGUCGUUCACACGUCUCUUCGGCAGUGGAAACGACUGCAUAAUGAGGGACCACUCCUUGCACAUGCUGGCCCAGCGAGUGCGUGCGUCGACCGACGUGGUGGAUGCCCCGCUGAAGGUGCCCUUGCAGACAGCCACAGCAAAGAGCUCCACACUCUUGGACAAGGCUGCAAAGACGUGAGCGAUCCAAGUCCUUGGUCAGCUUGGACCGAGCUUUGGGGCAACGAGAGUACGGAUGGCACCAUGUCAAGAAUGUGCACAUGACCUGCAUUUCCCGGGG